AUGAUUUCUACUUUCCUUUGGCGGAACGCAUCCGCGUACGGCAGUCGGGUUGUUCGUAGGUUUGCCUCUCAGUCGUCGUCGUUUGAAACGCCACGGGUCGGGGUCUACAAAGUGUUUGAUCGUGAGGCGAAACGAUUGCAAAAAGAUUUCGCCGCGAGGAGAGACGGAGGAGAACGGAGUAGGACCGUUGACUACCUCCGGGACGAAGUUGCAGAAAGAUUGAUGGAACGUUUCUUAGACAUCAAGAGGAAAUUUGAUACCAUCAUCGACCUCGGAUGUGGCCCUGGCCAUUUUUCCAAGCUUUUAGAGCCUAACAAGACACGGAAGGUAGUAAUGAUCGAUUCAAGCAGAGCGUCAUUAUAUCGUGACCCCGAUGAAGAAUUUGACGUGGAAAUCGAGCGCAUACAUGCGGACGAGGAGAGCCUUCUUAAUAUCCUUCCAAGACAAUCUCAGGAGGCAGUGGUCUCCUGUCUCAGUCUCCACUGGAUUAACGAUCUCCCUGGUGUGCUCGUACAAGUCAAGGAGGCUUUGAAGCCAGACGGUCUCUUCCUUGGCGCGAUGUUUGGUGGCGACACCUUGUUUGAAUUACGGACGGCACUUCAGCUGGCAGAACUUGACCGUGAAGGAGGUAUUUCUCCACAUGUUUCACCUAUGACAGAUACUAGGGAUGUUUCAAAUCUCCUUGGGCGAGCAGGGUUUACCCUAUUGACGGUGGACACUGACGAAGUUCGUGUUGGAUACCCCUCAAUGUGGGAACUCCUAGAAGACCUGAAGCAUAUGGGCGAGGGAAAUGCGAUCUUUGGAAGGCGACACUUCAUCCACCGCAACACUCUGGCAGCUGCGUCCGCUAUCUACAAAGAAAUGCAUGGCACAGAAGAUGGCACGGUACCUGCGACUUUCCAGGUAAUAUACAUGAUUGGGUGGAAGCCCUCUCCAACACAACGUCAACCUCUCGAGCGUGGAAGCGCAGAGAUGAGUUUGAAGGAUGUCCUUUGA